CACAGACCACAGACCAAUGCCAAUCCAUUUCCAUUAUGGUCUAUGAUUAGGUACUCGUUUUAUUUUUCUUCACAUCAAACAAAUCAGCUGUGAUCUGCCAUUGGCAAGGGCAUCAACAAAAAGGUUAAUUUAUCAUUUAAACAACGUCAAUGUGAUGUGACACGUAAAUUUUUCUCAAAUUUUGGUGAUAAGAAAAUUCUCAAAAACUUUUCAAAAUGUUCUAACAGACUCUUUAUAGUGUGGAUGUGGAUUCAAAUAGCCAAACAAGACCCUCGUUGUGGUUUUAUUUUGAUUUGAAGCAGAAUAAAAAAUGGCCGAAAAGUCGCAGAACCUAAACAUUAACUCCUCAGGCGAAGGUCACAGCAAUGAAGGGGGUGAAAGAGUGGCAGAAGGGAAUUCGAACAGAAGUUCGCCCCCAAACAGCAAAAAUAGUUACGCGCCUAAUGAAACAACCCAUUUAUCUUCCAAUCAAACAUAUUUUGCCGAUGAGCGAAUUCGAAUACCCGAAACCAAUUCAACUGGUUUUAGUUUUAAGAAGUUAUGGGCCUUUACUGGACCUGGAUUUUUAAUGUCCAUAGCAUAUUUAGAUCCUGGAAAUAUCGAAAGCGAUUUACAGAGUGGAACAGUAGCUGAAUACAGGUUGCUAUGGGUGCUUUUAAGCGCCACCCUUUUAGGCCUUCUUAUGCAAAGGUUGUCCGCAAGGUUAGGUGUAGUGACAGGACUUCACUUGGCAGAAAUGUGUUAUAGACAGUACAGAAAAUUACCCCGACUGUUGCUGUGGAUAAUGAUCGAAAUCGCUAUUAUUGGCAGCGAUAUGCAAGAAGUCAUAGGGACCGCCGUAGCCAUAUACCUUUUAUCAAAUAGAGUGAUACCAAUUUGGGGAGGCGUUCUCAUAACAAUAAUAGACACUUUUACGUUUUUAUUUCUCGAUAAGUAUGGUUUAAGAAAGUUGGAAACGUUUUUCGGGCUUCUGAUUACCAUUAUGGGUCUUACUUUCGGUUUUGAGUAUGUUACUUCGAAGCCGGAUGCUCUGGGUGUGGUAGAAGGUAUGUUUACGCCAUGGUGCGCUGGUUGCGAUAACAGAGCGCUUUUGCAAGGCGUUGGAAUCAUCGGAGCUGUAAUAAUGCCUCACAAUCUUUAUCUUCAUUCUGCGUUAGUAAAAUCCAGAGAUAUCGAUAGAACAAAACCCGAAAAGGUCAGGGAUGCCAACAUGUACUAUUUUGUAGAAGCUUGUAUUGCGUUACUAGUUAGUUUUGUCAUUAAUGUUUUUGUGGUAUCAGUUUUUGCCCAUGGGUUGUAUCAAACUACCAAUUCCGAAGUUCAUGAUUUGUGCGUUCAACAUCCAACGCUGAAUGCUUCUAUAUUUCCGAAUAAUUCCGACUACGUUGAUGCUGACUUAUACAAGGGAGGAAUUUAUUUGGGUUGUAGAUACGGCGUUUUAGCUAUGUACAUAUGGGCUAUCGGCAUUUUGGCGGCGGGACAAAGUUCAACGAUGACAGGUACAUAUGCGGGUCAAUUUACAAUGGAGGGAUUUCUAAAUCUCCAGUGGGCCAGAUGGAAGAGAGUACUUUUCACUCGUACCUUCGCAAUUGUGCCCACGUUUUGCUUGGCCUUUUUUAGUAAUUUGGAAGAUCUGACAAACAUGAACGACAUACUGAACGCCAUCAUGAGUCUGCAAUUGCCGUUUGCCACAAUUCCCACCAUCGCUUUUACGAGCAAUCCGCAGAUUAUGGGCGAGUUUGUUAAUGGAGUUGGAAACAAAAUUGCCUCUAUUCUACUCAGUAUUAUAGUCAUAGCGAUCAACACGUAUUUCGUAAUAAACACUGUAAAUUCUCUCGACUUCCAUUGGUUCCCAUUAUUGUUAGUGGUAAUAAUAGGCAUUCUUUAUCUCCUGUUCUGUUUAUAUCUGGUGAUCCACAUGGCGAUAUCAAUGGGCAAUACCAACCUUUUAAGGUAUAACGCCGUUAAUAAGUAUAUAAUUGGCCCUGUGGAUGCGACGUUGGACAUCAGCCCAAUCAGUUAUUCCAGAUCUCAGUCGGAAUGGACGGUAGCCAAUGAAUCUGUUACUCAGGAUGCGAAGUUUUGAUGUUAGUGUCAAUUUUAUAAUAUUCUACACUUGUAGUUUUCUCAUUUAGCUGUGUUGUUUGUUUUAAAUAUUUUAUUUGUGUUGAUAGGUACCAAUUAUUUUGUACAUGUCUAUUAUUUGUAUUUUUGUAAGUAAACAUUAAAUUUUACUUUAUAUAGGUAAAUCUCGAACUCCGACAUCGAUAUUAAUUUAAUGCGUUUAGGUUAAAGUUAAUCAAUAAUUUUUCUUUGUUAAGCUUUGGAUUAAAAUUCAUAAUCUCACCCUACCUUGUUUUAUCAGAAACAUUUUCCAAUGUGGUUAUUAAAACAAUCCAGAAAUUACAGUUAGAAAGAGUUUGAGUAGAUCAUUCAAUUGUAGGUUUUUCAUCCAAGGAAUUCCAAAGGAAAAUUAGUUGUUUUUAAAACAUAGUGCGUCACAAAUAAUAAAAUUACCAAAAAUAACCAAAGAACGAAAAAAUAUUCAAAAUAAAUUUUAUGUGAUUUUAAAUACGUUAAAAAUAAUUUCUUAAAAAUAAAAGUAUGUAAAUUAAAAUUAUUUUAUAUUUACAAAUAAUGUGUAGGUACGUUUAAAACUACUUUUUAGUCGUGUACAUAACUGAA